AAUAGAGAGCAGUUUUUAUUUGCUCUGUUUUGCAUCACAUCAGAUCUUAUCAUGAGUCAAAAAGAUUUGUCAGAAGAAGUGGAGGAGAGCCCUCAACCCUUAUGUAUCACCUGUGGCCAACCACAUUUACUAGAAGAGAACCACCUGUACAGCUACACAGAAGAAGUGGAUGAUGAUCUAAUAUGCCACAUCUGCCUGCAAGCUUUGAUCCAGCCACUGGACACUCCUUGUGGUCACACCUACUGCACAGUCUGUCUUACAAACUUCCUAGUGGAAAAAGACUUCUGCCCUGUGGAUCGCAAAAAUUUGAUUCUACAGUCUUGCAGAAAGUCCAACAUACUAGUAAAUAAACUCCUGGAUAAGCUAAUGGUUAGCUGCCCUUUCACAGAACACUGCUCAGAGGUUUUGCAACGUUGUGACCUUGAACAGCAUUUUCAAACCGGAUGUAAAGGAGCAUCCCAUUAUGGCCUUACCAAGGAACGAAAGAGACGUUCACAAGAUGAUUCUCCAGACUGUAGUGCCACUUUAACCAUAGCGGCUCUUGGCCCAGAGCUCUCCACAGCUGCAGCGAUUGCCUUAAUGACAGAUGAACCAGGCCUAGUUAAUCCAGCCUUCAGCCCUGCCUCAGAAGACAACCAGUCAGGGAGCAGUUCUGGGGACCCCAGCAGGAGCAACCGAAACAGAAGUCGACCCUUCGAACGUUCCACUAUAAGAAGCAAGUCUUUUAAAAAAAUAAAUCGAGCUUUGAGUGUCCUUCGAAGGACAAAAAGCGGCAGUGCUGUAUCCAACCAGGCUGACCAGGAAAGGGAGUGUGUUGAAAACUGUCUUGCUGCAGAGGAAGAUUCAGAGUGCUCCAUAACACUCCCGAUGAGAAAUGUACAAGAGUAUGGAGAAAAAUCUGCAAGCAGAGUCAUCAAAAACAAGACAGAAAGUUUACUUCUUUCUAGAUUCUGCCGUUCAACGAUAUAUAAAGACUGGAAGUGUAAAUGGGGAAAGAAAGCCUUCCCCAGGUUAUAUCACCUGAUUCCAGAUGGAGAAAUUACCAGUAUUAAGAUCAUUCGUACUGAUCCCAAAGAAAGUCUUGCCAUUAGAGUUGUGGGAGGCAGUGAGACGCCUUUGGUCCACAUCAUUAUACAACAUAUCUAUCGAGAUGGGGUGAUUGCCAGAGAUGGAAGAUUACUGCCGGGAGACAUGAUACUAAAGGUGAAUGGCAUGGACAUCAUCAGGGUUCCUCACAACUACGCCCUGUCAGUUCUGAAGCAGCCUUGUCAGGUGCUCCGGCUCACUGUGCUCAGAGAGCAGAGGUACCGGUGCCGAAACAACAGACUUUCUCUUGAUGCUCACUACAACAGGGAUGACAGUUUUCAUGUGGUUCUAAACAAAGGCAGCCCAGAUGAGCAGCUGGGAAUAAAGCUGGUCCGCAAGGCAGAUGAACCUGGGGUAUUUAUUUUCAACUUGCUGGAAGGAGGUGUGGCUGCCCGUGAUGGACAGCUUCGAGAAAAUGACCGGGUGUUAGCUAUUAAUGGCCAUGAUCUUCGGUAUGGCAGUCCGGAAAAUGCAGCCCAGCUGAUACAGGCCAGUGAGAAGCGGGUUCACUUUAUUGUGUCACGGCAGACCAGACAGCAGACGCCUGACAUCGUGCAGGAGGCUGGGUGGAAUUACAACGGCAGUCCUCAGCCUUGCCCAUCGGAAAGAAACUAUCCUAACAAGAAUACCCUUCAUGCUGUCACCUGUCAUGAGAAGGUGGUGUCUGUCCGGAAAGAUAACACAGAGUCACUGGGAAUGACUGUGGCAGGUGGAGCAUCUCACAGGGAAUGGGAUUUGCCCAUCUACGUGAUAAGCAUUGAACCUGGAGGAGUCAUCAGCAGAGAUGGCAGUAUGAAAACAGGUGACAUUUUGCUGAAUGUGAAUGGAAUUGACCUGACUGGUGUCAGCCGUAGUGAGGCAGUAGCCCUAUUGAAAAACACCACCUCAUCUGUAGUGCUCAAAGCCUUGGAAAUGAAAGAAUGUGAGGCCCUGGAGGACAUGAGCCAUGUAUCACUCCCUGACACUACUCAGAACACAUCUGAUAACAGUGAAUGGUCACCUUCCUGGGUUAUGUGGCUUGAGCUGCCACGGUAUUUGUACAGCUGCAAAGAAAUUGCAUUACGAAGAAAUACAGCAGGAAGUCUUGGCUUCAGCAUCGUAGGCGGUUAUGAAGAACACAGUGGGAACAAACCAUUCUUUAUCAAAUCCAUCGUUGGAGGCACACCAGCAUACAAUGAUGGAAGAAUUAGGUAAACUAAUGAAACUAAUAUUUCACCCAGGGAACUCAAAAGGACUUAAUAUUCUAUGAAUAUUAUAAAGUCUUAAAAUAAGGAGACUGUGGUCCAGAGAGACCAAGUGACUUGCUGAAGGUAAAAAGAGGGCUCAAAUUCAUACCAGUCCAAUGAAAACUUCCACUGAAACCAGUUGAGUAUAAAAUUGGGCCCUUUUUGACAGAGCUGGGUAUAGAACCCAAAACAGAAUCCUAUGCUUUAACAACUUGCUUUCCUGGCAAAAUAUUAUCAAGUGUAUAACUAUCAACAUCUACAUACACUACUUCACAGAUGUCUUUUAUUAUAUGUUAUUUACACAGUAACAGUUCUCUUAAUUAUACAUACGCUUCUACAUUGACAACUAAAAAUAUAAUUUAAAUCUAAUACUAGGUGUGAGAAAUAAAAUAUAAGUGACCUGUAAAUUAUUACAGUGUUUUACUGUCCAAUAACCAGUUAAUUUUACCUGGCACACAGAGAUCUGAAAGAAGAGCUCUUCUUUCAGAUUUUCCUCCAUAUAUAUCUGAUUUGUAAAGGAAUGCCAGGGAAGAAUAAAUACAUGAUAGAGUAAGAACACAAGGAUUUUUUCAACAGCUUACCUUCAGAAGCCUCAACUUUUUCACCCCCCCUCUUUUGCCUGCUUAGUAGUUGCCAUCCCUCUGGCAAAGUGGUGACACAAUGUUAUAGAGCCAGCCAAAGCAGCUCAAUUGGCAAGAAAGUUGUCUGAGAUCUGGAUCUCUUCUUAGUUUUAAGUGUUUUAACUAAAAUCUUAUCUACUUUUUUAAUUUUCCAGAUGCGGUGAUAUCCUCCUCGCUGUCAAUGGCAGGAAUACAUCAGGAAUGAUGCAUGCCUGUUUGGCAAGGAUGCUCAAAGAACUGAAAGGAAA